GUAAUCACACAUCGUUCCCCAAGCGUUUUCUAUACCCAGUUGAAUCAAAGUGAAACUAAUUUUAAAGGAAAAUUCGACUUUGUGAAGUUGCGCGCAAUGGCAGGCAAUGAAGAUCCUCCUGAAAGGGAGGUUAAGGAUUUCCGCUUUCAGCAGCUUUGCAGGAUUCGAGUAUUUGAUCAGCCAGAAAAUCCCAUUCCAGGAGUGACUCAGUUUGUUGCUUGUUCAUCACUAUACGGAUUAACUUUUCUAGGAACAACAAAUGGUUUUAAGGUCAUUAAAACAGCUGAAUUGACCAGUGUAGACAUUAGACAUGCUUCAGAGAGAACAAAGUUAAUCGUGACCGAUCCACCACUCCAAGCUAGUGUCCUGGUAGAAGGCGUCAUGUCUCACGUGUGUUUAAGCUGUGAUGAGCUGACGCUAGCAGCAGUCGUCACACUUGACGGAAUUGUUCAGAUAUAUAUGUAUGAUGUGCAUGGAUUUGCCACUCAGGGACAGGUGACAGAACCAUUUCAGAAAAUCCGCAUGAACAAUGAAAUCAUGGACCUGGCCUGGAAUCCAACCCAGCCCACUUUGAUUGUUGUCUGUAUGAGUGAUGGGACAGUCAAGCUGUUGGAAGUGACAGAGAACCUUAAAAUCAUGGCUACGCUUCCAGCGGUGGUGGCAGCUCGCAGUGUGUGCUGGAGCCCAAAAGGAAAGCAGCUGGUGAUUGGUUCAGGAAAUGGAACACUGAUGCAGUUUGACCAUGAACUUAAAAAGAAGAGAGAUUGGGCCAGACCUUCAAUAUUACCUGAAGAUCAGCAGUUUGAAGUGAGAGGAGUAUCCUGGAUUUCUACCUACAUGUUUCUGGCCUCGUACGUUUCAGAUGGAUCAGGUGACCAGCCUUUGGUCAUUCUGACUUCGGGCUCGAAAGAUGGAGCUCCAGCCUUUGUGAAUUUUGAAGAUCCAUGCUAUGGAAAUGGAGAAGGAAUGGCUAGCAUGAUGCACUUCAAUUACAUUCCACAGUGGGAAUUGGUUUUGUGUACAUCUAGUACUGCUUGUGAGACGGCCAUUGUUGCUAAACAUUUUGACAAUAAGAGUACAUUUGAGCGUUGGACUUUGGAUGAUGCAGCUCGAGCUGAACUUCCUUUAACUGAGGACUAUGCCGACACAUUUCCUGUAGGAGUUGCAGUUGAUUUCUCCUCUCAAUACGCCAUUCCUGUUGGAGAACAAAGUCACCCUCCUAGCCCAAUGUUCAUGCUGCUGUCUACAGAGGGGGUGCUAGUUACAUAUUAUAUGAUUUACAGUCACACUGAAGUUCCCGCAAUCACUCGGCCUCCUCAGGCCCUGCCAGCAAAUCCUGUCAGAAAACCCAAACUCACUCAAGGCUCAUUGCAAAGAGAUGCAGCUCCUUUAGAGGCAAGACCAAAUUCUCAAGCAGGACAGCCAAUUGCUAGCCCAUCUGUCUCCAAGGGUCAGGAUUCAGUCUCUAAAGCUAGUGUGUUUGGAUUUCCUCCCUCUGGUUCUGUUGGAAAGUCUUUAUUUGGAGCACCGUCUCCCCAGGGUUUGAGUCUAACAUCAUCUACACCCUCAUCUAGUGCAGCGACUGGGUCAGUAUUUGGUCAGAUCUCCACAGCAACAACUAAAGUAGGACAAAGUUUCCUGGCAACAGCCCUUUCUGCACCAACAACAGCGGCAGCAACAACUGCUACAAAGACUGGAUUUACUGCCACUUCAGCUGCUCCAUCACAGUUCAGCUUUAAUCCAGGGCAGUCAACCAAUUUCAGUUUUAAUGCCACUGUCACUAAAGCCUCUACACCUGCUUCGAUCAGCCAAGAUGUAACAUCCACAAGCAAUAUUUCUUUAUCUUCACAGAGCUCAGUUGCCAGCAACACCGGGUUUAAUUUCAGCUUUUCUUCAUCCAAUGUAUCAUCUUCUGGUCCAGGGCAGACCCAAGUGGCAUCUGGAACUCCAGUUAGCAGCACGACAACUACUACAGCUCAGUCACAGCCAGCAUUUGGAACAUCCACAGUUUCUAAGCAAUCAGCUUUUAUGUUUGGAAGUUCUGGUUCCACUGCUGCAGGCUUUGGUGUCAAACCUUCUGCUGUAUCAACUACACCAACUUUUGGAAUGUCAGCAGCACCAACACCCUCAACUCAAUCGAGCUUUGGAUCAACUGCAACAUCAGCUUUGCAAAAGUUUGGUUCUACAUCAGUGACAACUCCAUCAAAUUUAGCCCCAGCAUCGUCUGCUGGUAAACCUGCUGUUGGAACUAGUAUAUUAGCAAUUCCAAGUUUUGAGACCACUUCAGCACCAUCUGUGCCAGUCUUUGGGGGAAAAUCUGUGCCGACUUCUGUGAUGCCAUCAUUUGGGGAUGUUAAAUCUGCAGCAAAUGCAGCUUCCUCUCCACAGCCUCAAACUAAAACUGGUACUGGAAUGACACCAAAACAAACCAUUGGUGCUCCAGUACAGGGUCUGUCUGUUGCAGGGAAAACUCAAAAUUUGAACAUUGCCAAGCCACUUUCUGCUCCAGCAGCUGAAAAACAGGAGUCGAGUGGAAGCAAGCCAAUCACUGUUCAGAAAAUGCCUGUAGCAGAUACUCAGAAAGCUUUGACAGGCAGCUCGACAUCAGAUUCUCUAAAUGACACAUUCAGUGCAUCAAUUGCAGAAGAGAUUGCACACUUUGAGAGGGAAUUGCAAGAAUUCAGACAGCGUGCUGGAAAUCUGAAGGAGACUGUUGGUAGUAAGGAGGACAUGCAGGAACUCCGAAACAGAACAGUGGGGGUCAGCAACUUCUGCGUAGACGUCAAAACCAAUACAAAGGAGCAGAGUAAAGAAAUUUCAGACUUGAAAAGCCUGUGUCUGGAUUCCUUUGCCAUGGUUGAGGAUUGUAAGAUGAGGGAGCGCUUUAACACUGAUCCCCAGUAUAGUCAGUUGAUGAGGAACAAAGCCCUGGACCCUAAGAGUCUCAGCACCAUGAGAAAUCUACAGCAGGAACAGCAGUUAUUGGAUCAGGGUCUCAGGGAUGUUGAUGCUAUAUUGGACCUAGAAUGGCAGGAGUAUCAGAACAGGAAGAAAAAUAGACAGGGAAUUCAGAGACCGACCACUGAUGGAAUUUAUCAGGUGGUAAAGAGCAACAGGAAUUUGAUUAUACGUGAGAAGAAUCACUUGGAUAAGUUAGAAAGUCACCUAAAACAGUUAAAGUUGUACAACAGGAAUUCAGCAUGGAGGCAUCCAGACACAUCAAGAGAACCAGCAGAGCUGUCAUCUUUGGCAGACUCCUUGCUGGAAAGUCCACGGAAAUCCCCCGAAAAACCCAGGAGAGAAGCUAGAAGCGAGUUGCUUGAUCCUCGUAAACAGGCAAAGCUACGCGAGUAUCUAUCAAGGAAAACUGUGAUCAAAGUCAAAUCAACCAGACCUGAGAACUUGUCCAUGUCCAGGCUAGCUUCAACAGAGAAGAUACGACAGGCACUCAGCAGACAGAACUCGCCCACAAAACCUCGUGCUCCUGCAGAUAUGAAAGCUGCUGUGAAGCCCACAAUACCAGGCAGGACAAUCCUACGUGCCACAUCCCACAAUGGAGCCCGCCAAACAGCCAAUCAGGGCUUACAGCCAGGAGUACAGCCAGGAUUUAGACAGCAGAUCAACAUGCAGGCAAAAUCAAACAGCCACCCAGGUUUAAUGUUUGCCAACAGUGGAAAUACCAUGUCUUCCAUGAUGGGAUUCCAGCAAAAAGUCCCCCAGGAUUUGAAGUCGUCAGUUUCCUAUCCUGAGUUUGAGGACAUAACACCCACUACGUCUACUGAUGGAACGGAGGAAGAUGAGGAUGAUGAUUAUGAUGAAGAUGAUGAUGACUACGACGAUGGGAUGGGUCCAGACAGUGGUCAUGAUUCAGAACCACUCAAUCGCAAAAUAGCUGAGAGAAAGCCUGCCUCCAUUAUGUCUACAGUCUCCUCUGUGACAACAAUGACUACUAAAGCAUCAACUCUCCCAGUGCAGAAUUUUGGACAGCCUAUGUCGGGCUUUAGCAGUUUUUCUGGUACAAGUAAAAUUGUUUUUGGAAGUGGUGCAAAGCCAGAGUCCACGCCUUCCAUGGGUUCCCCCAAGCCUGUCUUUGGAGGAGGAUUCCAAGGAUUCAAGGCUGAUGAUAAAACUCCCACCCACACCUCGACCCCGAAAACCACUUUGAAGUUUGGGAGUGAUGCUGCACCAAGUUUUCAGGGGAAAAAUCUGUUUAGCCAACCUUUGAAGGCUGAGGAAAGUAAAACUGAAGAAUCCAAACCAGUUUCUUCACCACUGCUCGCAAAAGCUCUGUCACUUGAAUCUGAUGAGGAAGAUGUGGAAUUAGGGGAAACCAAAAUCAGUGUAGAGAAGUCUGGUCAAACACAGCCAAAGCCAGCAUCUAUUCCAACAGAGGCCUCCAAAGGCAAGGCAGAGUCAGGUGGGCUGUUCGGGAUCAGGAAAGUGCCAUCCAACAAUUCCUUAACAGACACAGCAGCACCCACAGCUGUAUUUGGUCAGUCAUCAAGCACAACAUCCAGUUUACUUCAACCAAACUCUGGUAACCCUGUGUCUGGACCAGCUUCAUCAUCUACAGCUGGAAGAGGUUUGUUUGGAAUGACUAAUUCUGGUGAAGUGCCUGGGGGAAGUUUGCUUGGACAGACUUCUGCUGCAGGUGGAGGUUUGUUUGGCAAACCUACAAAGGAUGAAGAAAAGGAAAAAUCUACUCCAGCAGCAACUUCCUCUACUGGAUUGUUUGGACAGAACACAACUUUGAGCAGUACUGGAUCAUUUGGGCAACCAAGUUCUCUUCAGACAUCACUGACCAGCACAAGUGGUGUGCUUAGUCAAGUAACCACUUUGGCUGUUACAACUAUUUCUGAAUCCCCCUCCACUGGUCAAGAAAGUGCAGCUCCUGCUAUAACCACUGUAGCUGGAGGGUUAUUUGGGCAGCAAAAGGCAACAACUGUAACAUCUAGUUCAGGGUCUGAAUUAUCUGGCCCACAGCCAGCAAAUUCUGAAAAUGGACUGUUUGGUCAACCUUCAACCACAGUCUCCAGAUUGAUUGGACAACAAACAACUACUACGUAUGGAUUAUUUGGAAAAACAUCGACUUCGCCACCACCCUACCCCAAUGCAGAGUCUGGAUUAAUUGGGAGACCUACAACUUCUGGCAGUGGAGCAUUUGUACAAUCAUCUGCCACUUCUUCAACAGGAACAGGAUUGUUUGGAAAACCAACAACUAUUACUUCCUCAACAGGAACAGGAUUGUUUGGAAAACCAACAACUACAGGGUCAGAAUUAUUUGGACAACAAACAACAACUUCUGUAUCUGGUGCUGGACUUUUUGGACAACAAACAACAACAUCAGGAACUGGAAUAUUUGGACAGCAGACAGCAAGUGUUACAUCUUUAACUUCUUCAUCUGGAGAUGGACAGUUUGGACAACAAACAACAACACCAGGGGCUGGGUUAUUUGGACAACAGACUACAAGCACUACAUCUUCAACUUCUGGUUCUAACAUAUUUGGACAGUCAAACACAACCCCUCAUUCUGGAGAUGGAUUGUUCGGAGCAUCUGCAGCUUCAACAACAUCCUCAGCAGGAACCGGUCUGUUUGGUCAAACUUCUGCUACUUCAAAUGCUGGUACUGGAUUAUUUGGUCAAAGUGGGACAGGAGGUUUUAGCCAGAGCUCCGACUCAAAGCCUUCAAUGAUUGGUGGACUCCUGUCUGCCACAGAUGAGGCUCCUGCCAUAAGUGCUACAUUUGGUCAGGUAGAUCCAGCCAAAAAUUUAUUUGGAUCCCAACCAGGAACAUCAUCUUCAGCAUCCCUGUUUGGACAACCACCUCCACCAUUUGGGUCUUCUGCUUCUUCCUCAGCUGGGCCAGGAUUUGGGAGCACAUCCACUAGUGGUGGGUUCAGUUCAUCUGGAGGUGGACUUGGAUUUGGGAGCACUGUCACUACCACUGCCAUGUCAGGAUUUGGUCAGGCAAAUCAAGGAAUGUUUGGGCAGUCUACUAGUAGUAUCGGUUCCAGUCCAUUUGGGGGUUUUGGCAAUACACCUAGUGCACAGUCCUCUGGAGGGAUGUUCGGAGGAGGAGGAGGUGGAAUGUUUUCAGGACUUGGUGGCAAACCUUCAGAGGACAAGGCUAAUACCAAUGUGUUUGGAACAGCCACAUUUGGAAGUCCAGGAGCCCCAGAAUCCAACUUGUUUGGCAACCAGGGCAGUAAUACAUUUAGAAGUGCAGGUGGAUCCAGCCCUUUCACAGGCGGUGGGUUUAGUGGAGGUGGUUCCAAUGUGGCGUCCUCUGGCUUUAGUGUAGCCAAGCCACAAAGCCCAGGAGGAUUUGGAGGAACACCUAGUUUUGGAGCAAGUCCGGCAUUUGGGGGACAGGCAUCAUUUGGAAGCUCUCCUGGGUUUGGGUCAGCACCUUCAUUUGGAGGAGGAACAACAUUUGGAAAUGGGGCUUCAUUUCCCAGUCAGAUAGGAUCACCACAAAACACAGGAAAUGCUGGGGGAUUUGCAGGAUUCGCUUCCAGUGCCUCCCCAACCUUUGGGGGUCUCGCACAGACUGGAGGCACUCCAACAUUUGGUGGAAUGUCACAAGGCGAUAGUGGCUUUGGUGGGUUUGGAGGGGGUGGAGGAGGAGGAGGAGGAGGUUUUGGUGCAAGUCCAAGUUUUGGACAGCCCUCCAAUCCAGGUGGAAAUCCAUCAUUUACUGGAUACAGGUCCUAAAUAUGACAUAACUUCGAAGCACAGUGAAAAAUGGACACAUUCACUAAGCAUGUAGGGAUCAGUUUGUACAUGUAUUUCAUAUUUGAAAAGUAAACUGUGAAGCAUAUUAAAGGCUUUAUCAUUGAG